CUGCAGUGCUGCACAGCAGCAAAACUCAAUCCCAAACGCCUUUUGGUGGAUCCACGUGGUAGUUCAGUUCUAAAAUCAGUAGCUUCUCGUCAGUCCAAACAGCACGAGACGCCCACUCGAGCCCGACCCUCGCGCUCUGCCUCACUCUCCUCUCCCUGUGUGUCUCUCUCCCCCUCCCUCCGCCGGCCCCCAAGGUUCCUACGAGGCGUACAGCCGGUUGGUCGGGGCCCGGCAGCCCUGGACAGCCUCCAGCUGCUUGCUUUUCUCCAGCAGGGCCCGCGCCCGGAGGGCCUUUCGCUCCCGGGCGGCCUGCAGCUCGGCCACCGCUGCCUCCCGCUCCCGCUCCCGCUCGGCGGCCGUGAAGGGGCUGCACAAGGUCUCCAUCAGGCCGAGCACGGCGCCGAAGAGAGCCAGCACGCCGCCCAGCACAUACAGCCUCACUAGACUCCGUCUGGGCUUCUGCGCCAUCAGCUCCUUGGCCAGAGGAAUCAGCUCCUGGACAGUUUCCAUCUCGGCUCCGGGCUCUCGGGGUGGGAGUGAUCUGCGGGAGAAGCGGAGCAGAAAAGGGGGGCUUUUAAGCCACCGAAAGACGGAUGCAUCCUCCCGAGCAGCCCUCACUCGGCUCUCUCGGGGCUUCUAAAAGCUGGGGCUUGAACAUCUUGAGGACCUGGAUCCGUGACUGAUCCCAGAAGUAUUUCAGUUCCAAACACCAGAAGUACAGCCAGUUUGAUUCCUGGCCUUUCUGUCUCCAAGUACCAGCCAUUGUGGAUGCGACUGGGAGCACAGCCUUGGAAGUCUGCUCAUCAGGGGAUCAACUCAUCGUGAAUUUUCUCAGGUUCUAAUUCUUAAGGGAAAAAAAGGUAGGCCGGAAGCACCACGCUGCUCUCAAGGAGUUUAGCUCGUCUGGCCCGCCGAGUGCCCCCUCUUCCCUUCUCGUCCAGAUCACUGCUCUUCAGGAAUUUGCAGCCCUAAGGAGCUGAUUGGAAUGUGGGACCUGGGGCCUCCCUGGGGGAGAUGGAGGGGGGCAGCCCAGGUUGGCCCACUGCCUGGGUGGUCCAGGACACCAGAGGAGGCUGACCUCUACGGGCCUUGGGAAAGUACCAAGUGCAGUGCCUGUCACAAAUGCCAGUGUCCUUCCCCCACCCCCCACCCCUCUGCCAGGAAUCCUGGUCUCCAAAGAUCACUAACAUUCCCCCCACAAGGCACCCACAGGCAGGCGGGUGCUGCCGAGCUUGCUGUUAGGCCUCUGGGACCGACCCACCUGCCCAGUCCUGUCUGGGGGUGAGGGUGAGGGUGCAUGACUACAGAUGGGCGUGCCAGCUGCCGGAUUCCUGAGUCCCGCCCUGCAGUUGGUGACGCCCAGCCAGGACGUCUCCAGAGGUGAGGCCGGUUGUUUAAAACCUAGGAGCCAGGAGAGGGGACUCCCACAUUCAAGGCGCGCUCUCAGAGAGGCGAUCUGGAGAAAGAACCGUGGCAGCACGGAGUGAGGUGAGGUCCUGGGUGGGGAUCAUCCCAUUGACUGAAGAUGAGGCCGCUCCUUCUCCUGUAUUUUGUCUUGCCCAGCGUCCUGUGUGCCCAGCAAGCCUGCUCCCGUGGGGCCUGCUAUCCACCCGUUGGGGACCUGCUCAUUGGGAGGACCCGGUUUCUCCGAGCUUCAUCUACCUGUGGCCUGGCCAAGCCUGAGACCUACUGCACCCAGUAUGGAGAGUGGCAGAUGAAAUGCUGCAAGUGUGACUCCAGGUUGCCUCACAAUUACAACAGUCACCGAGUGGAGAAUGUGGUCUCGUCCUCGGGCCCCAUGCGCUGGUGGCAGUCACAGAAUGAUGUGAGCCCUGUCUCUCUGCAGCUGGACCUAGACAGGAAAUUCCAGCUUCACGACAUCAUGAUGGAUUUUAAGGGGCCCAUGCCUGCUGGCAUGCUGAUCGAGCGCUCCUCGGACUUCGGCAAGACCUGGCAGGUGUACCAAUACCUAGCUGCCGACUGCAUGUCUGCCUUCCCCCGGGUCCACCAGGGCCAGCCUCAGAGCUGGCAGGAUGCUCGAUGCCAGCCUCUGCCCCAGAGGCCUAACAGGCACCUGGAUGGGGCCAAGGUCCAACUUAACCUUAUGGAUUUAGCCUCUGGGAUCCCAGCAACUCAAAGUCAAAAAAUUCAAGAGCUGGGGGCGAUCACAAACUUGAGAGUCAACUUCACCAGGCUGGCCCAGAGGGGCUAUCACCCUCCCAGUGCCUACUAUGCUGUUUCCCAGCUGCGUCUGCAGGGGAGCUGUUUCUGUCACGGCCAUGCUGACCGCUGUGCCCCCAAUUCCAGAGCCCCUGCCAGCCCCUCCACCACUGUGCAGGUCCAUGGGGUCUGCGUCUGCCAGCACAACACCGCCGGCCCCAACUGUGAACACUGUGCACCCUUCUACAACGACAAGCCCUGGAAACCCGCAGAUGACCAGGACCCCCACGAAUGCCAAAGGUGUGACUGCAACGGACACUCAGAGACAUGUCACUUCGACCCAGCCGUGUUUGCCGCCAGCCAGGGGGCACAUGGAGGUGUGUGUGACAACUGCCAGCACCACACUGAGGGCAAGAACUGUGAGCGGUGUCAGCUGCACUAUUUCCGGAACCGGCGUCCUGGUGCUCCCAUUCAGGAGACCUGCAUCCCCUGCGAGUGUGAUCCGGAUGGGGCAGUGCCAGGAGCGCCCUGUGACCCAGUGACCGGGCAGUGUGUGUGCAAGGAGCAAGUGCAGGGGGAACGCUGUGACCUGUGCAAACCGGGAUUUACAGGACUCACCUAUGCCAACCCGCAGGGCUGCCACCGCUGUGACUGCAGCGUCCUGGGUGCCCGGCGGGACAUGCCGUGUGAUGAGGAGAGUGGACGCUGCCUGUGUCUGCCCCACGUGGUGGGCCCCAAAUGUGACCAGUGCGCUCACUACCACUGGAAGCUGGCCAGUGGCCAGGGCUGCGAGCCAUGUGCCUGCGACCCGCACAACUCCCUCAGCCCCCAGUGUAACCAGUUCACAGGGCAGUGCCCCUGUCGGGAAGGUUUUGGUGGCCUGACCUGCAACGCUGCAGCCAUCCGCCAGUGUCCUGACAAGACCUACGGAGAUGCAGCUAUGGGAUGCCGAGCCUGUGACUGUGACUUCCGGGGAACGGAGGGACCAGGCUGCGAUAAGGCCUCGGGCCGCUGUCUCUGCCGCCCUGGCUCGACCGGGCCACGCUGCGACCAGUGCCAGCGAGGCUACUGUGACCGCUACCCGGUGUGUGUGGCCUGCCACCCCUGCUUCCAGACCUACGACGCCGGCCUCCGGGAGCGGGCCCUCCGCCUCAGCAGCCUCCGUAAUGCCACCACCAGCCUGUGGCCUGGGCCGGGCCUGGAGGACCGCGGCCUGGCGUCCCGGAUGCUGGACACGAAGAACAAGCUGGAGCAGGUCCAAGCCAUCCUCGGCGGCGCCUCGGUCACGGAGCAGGAGGUGGCCCAGGUGGCCAAUGCCAUCGUCUCCAUCAGGCAGACUCUCCAGGGCCUGCAGGUGGAUCUGCCCCUAGAGGAGGAGACCUUGUCCCUCUCGGGAGACCUGGAGAAUCUGGACAGAAGCUUCAAUCGCCUCCUCGUUAUGUAUCAGAGCAAGAGGGAGCAGUUUGAAAAAAUAAGCAGUGCCGAUCCUUCAGGAGCCUUCCGGAUGCUGACCGCGGCCCACCAGCGGUCAUCCCAGGCUGCUCAGCAGGUCGCGGAUAGCUCCCGGUGGCUGCUGCAGCUCAGGGACAGCCGGAGAGAGGCGGAGAGGCUGGAGCAGCAGCUGGGAGGAGCAGGAGGGGCCGGCGGCCCCCAGCUCGCGGCCCUGAGGCUGCAGAUGGCUUCCUUGCCUGAUCUGACACCCGCCGCCAACAAGCUCUGUGGGGGCCCCAGGGAGAUGGCUUGCACCCCGGGAGCAUGCCCUGGGGAGCUGUGUCCCCGAGACAACGGCACGGCCUGUGGCUCCCACUGCAGGGGUGCUCUCCCCAGGGCAGGUGGGGCCUUCCGGACAGCAGGGCAGGUGGCCGAGCAGCUGCGGGGCUUCAAUGCCCAGCUCCAGCAGACCAGGCAGAUGAUCAGGGCAGCCGAGGAAGCCACCUUGCAGGUGCAGUCAGAUGCUCAGAGCCUGGAGAUGCAGGUGAGCACCAGCCGCGCCCAGAUGGAGGAAGACGUCACACGCACGCGGCUCCUCAUUCAGCAGGUCCGGGACUUCCUCUCAGACCCUGACACUGACAUAGCCACCAUCCAGGAGGUCAGUGAGGCCGUGCUGGCCCUGUGGCUGCCCACAGACUCUGCCACUGUCCUGCGGAAGAUGAAUGAGAUCCAGGCCAUCGCAGCCAGGCUCCCCAACGUGGACCUGGUGCUUUCUCAGACCAAGCAGGACAUCGCUCGGGCUCGCAGGCUCCAGGCGGAGGCUGAGCAGGCCAGGAGCCGAGCCCACACAGUGGAGGGCCAGGUGGAGGAUGUGCUGGGGAACCUGCGACAGGGCACGCUGGCACUGCAGGAGGCCCAGGACACCAUGCAAGGCACCCGCCGCUCCCUUCAGCUUAUCCAAGACAGGGUUGCUGAGGUUCAGCAGGUGCUGGGGCCAGCGGAAAGACUGGUGACCAGCCUGAUGGAGCAGCUGGGUGGCUUCCGAGCACGGAUGGAGGAGCUCGGCCGCCAGGCCAGGCAGCAGCGGGCACAGGCCGCCCAGGCCCAGCAGCUGGCAGAGGAGGCCAGCAAGCAGGCACUGAGUGCCCAGGAGGGAUUUGAGAGAAUAAAGCAAAAGUAUGCUGAGUUGAAGGACCGGUUGGGUCGGAGCCCCACGCUGGGAGAGCAGGGCAGCCAGAUCUUAAGCAUCAAGAUGGAGGCGGAGGAACUGUUUGGGGAAACCAUGGAGAUGAUGGACAAGAUGAAAGACAUGGAGUCGGAGCUGCUUCGGGGGAGCCAGGCCAUCACGCUUCGCUCGGCGGACCUGACGGGGCUGGAGAAGCACGUGGAGCAGAUCCGGAACCACAUCAAUGGGCGCGUGCUCUACUACGCCACCUGCAAGUGACGCGCCAGCAUCCAGCCUGUGGCCCCGCUCAUCUGCCCUCUGUGCUUCUGGGGGCCAGGCUGGCUUGGAAUACUGUCCAGCUGCAGGAAAAUUUUUUGCAACCUAAAGCACAGCCUGGACCACCCUGGUGUGCAGUUGUUAGGAUUACUCUGGGCUGCAGCUGAGCCUGGGCUGAUGGGACAACUACCGCUGAGGGACAGACAUGGUGGAGGCGGGCCACAUCAUUGUAACCAGGAGCUCUCAAGUGGAGGGCACUUGGCUGGGCAGUGUCCUUGCCCUUCAUUCUCCGUUGAGGCUGAAUCCUGGACCAACACAAAAACAUAACUAAAAAUGAUGUACAAGUGAAAAGCCCAAUAAAAAUCUAUAGAAAGGAGCCUGGAGUUUCAAA